AUCCUUUAAACAGAACAAUUUGUCCGACAUGAUGAAGUCCCGACAUUUUUCUCAGUACACUUGUAUGAUGACCGCAUGUUCUUUGUAACACACAAAUUAGAUUUUCGUUUAAAAUUUGGCGCCGAAACACACAAACGUCAUUGUCAAUGACAAAAUUGACAGCAAAAAACAGUUACUAUUGGUUAAGCCAAUCAGAGAACAGAUAUUUCUUCUUUCGGGCAGUGUUCAAGAUUGAAAAUGGAGCACCAACGAACAGCAGAAUUGACUGAUGAACAAUUGGAAACAAUUUUAAACGAAUCUGAAUUUGAAGAUGAGGAUUCGGAUACAGCCGAACCCUUCCCAGAAGAUUUAGACCACCUUUGUAGUACAACGUCAGAAUCUGAAGCCGAACCAGAAGCCACACCGCAACCAGUACAGAUAGCAACUAGCCUGAGAAGAGUGCGUACUAGAGGUGGUUAUCGUUCUCGAGGUAGAGUACUUACUCGAGGCGGCAGGGCCCAAAGAUUUCCAGUUACUCCAGAAAAUGAAGAACUUUGGGGGAGACGGAGUUUUACUAAGUCAAUGCCACAUUUGCAAGAGCCUUCUUAUCCAUCUAAUAAUGUAAAUUCCGAAGAUUUAAUGAAAUACCUUAACGAGUAUAUUGACGACAAUUUGAUCGAUACCAUUGUUCAAAAAACUAAUCAGACUUCAAUUGAAGAAUUUAACUAG